UUUAUUCCAAUAUGGCGUCGUGACGAUUGGGGUGUAUUCUGAAUCUGUCAAAAAACAGCCGUGACAGUUUCAUUACUGACCUUGUGUGUGCAAAAUGAAACUGUUCCCGAAAAUAAUCACAGGGGCCUUGCAUGCUCAAAACAAAAACGCAUGUGACUGGGGCUGGCAAGGGAAGCUUGCUUAUGGUUGCCACAACUUUGUGACUGUGGUGGACCCAGGGACAGUUCAGGUUAUUCAAGUGCUAGAGAAACACAAGGCCAAUGUUGUGAAAGUGAAGUGGGGGAAGGAGAACUACCACCAUGACCUCAACAGCCCGUACACGCUGCGCCUGGUGUCUGCGGAUGCUGCCGGGGUCAUCAUCGUGUGGGAUGUUGCGCAGGGACAGGCCAAGGUGGAGUUUUCCGAGGGCAACAAGCCGGUACAAGACAUGGAGUGGCUGCGGUACCAGGAUGCAUCACGUGACCUGCUGGUGGCGCUACAUCCCCCAUACUCCCUGGUUCUGUGGAACGCUGACACCGGCACCAGACUCUGGAAGAAGACCUACACCGAGAACCUGCUGUCCUUCUCCUUCGAUCCCUUCAACUCCAAGAAUGUUGCAUUUUUGGGUCAGGAUUGCAUUGUGUUCAUUGAUGACUUCACCAUCACCAAGACCCCAUCCAGCAAUGGCAAAAAGUUCUACAUAUUCAGCCCGUCUAGUCAGAAUUCGUCCGUGAACCAGGCCGGGAACACCAACAGUCUGGAGAGGAAGUCUUCAUCCAAGAAUCUGGCACAGAGGAUGACCAGGAUCUUGGUGGGCGAGAGUAAACCAAGCAAGUCAAACCAGACUGAUGAAGAGACCAUUGCUCUAAACGAGUGCAUCCAGUUGUCUUUCCAUCAGUCGUGUCGCCACCACCUUCUUCUCCUCUACCCCAGAGAACUCCUCAUCCUUGACCUUGAAAUCAACCAGACUGUGGGGAUUAUCUCCCUUGACAAAGCAGCCUCCUCCUUUGCUCAGAUUAUCCCCUGCUGGCAGAGAGAUGUGUUCUACUGUCUGCACGAGAAUGGCAGUAUAUCGGUGCGGGUCCGCCGCAAGACCAACUUGAUGUCUGCGCCUGCAUCCGAGGGAUCUGGAGCAUUUGAUGAUACUCCACCUAAUGUAUCCUUGGAUGUGGCGUAUGACCUCCGUUGUCAGUCCGACCCGCUGCGAGUGACGCGACACAACCGGGUGUAUGGUAUAGCCUCCUCCCUCACCUCGGAGCGGACGCUGGCUCUCAUCAUGAGUGACAGCAGGGUCAUCUUGUGGGACCUCCACACCAUGGACAUGCCGAUUGAGAUUGACCCUCAGACGGCCUCCCCGCUGUACACACCUGGUCUGACUCUGCCGUCCCCAGCCCAGCAGAUCUCGUCCCGCAAACAGGACUUCCCCAUCAUAUCCAGCCUGGCAUACCCCAAGGCUGCUCUCACUGAUCUCAUUGGUCAGUCCCAGCUGCCCUUGGGUGAAGGUCAGAGAUCAAACAAAGGUCACACGGUUCAACUCAAGUUCAUCUUGACUGGGUUGUUGAACGGAAUCGCCGCUCAUGUCACCACCAUCAGAAUGUGUCCUCCUCUCACUAACAAGAACUGGAACAUCUACGAACCUCUGCUGGCUCUAGGUACUUUCUCCGGUGCUGUCCAGAUUGUGAAUGUGGCUUCUGGGCAGCUGGACCGAGAAUACAGCCUGCAUUCCUCCAUGGUCAGAGGUAUUGAGUGGUGUGGCCUGAAGACAUUCCUCUCCUACGCCUACCCCAACCCUGGCCCCAGUGGACUGGUCAAGAAUGAGGUGUUCUAUGUGGACAUCUUGUCUGGUAAAGUGACAUCGGUUAGGACACAGCGAGAUGAGGAGUCCCGCAUAGAGUCGCUGCAGAUCUCACAUCUCAGACAGUACUUCGUGCUGGCCUUCAAGGACAAGCCGCUGGAGCUGUGGGACAUGAGGACACUGACCAUCAUCAGGGAGCUGCCCAAAGCCUUCCCCAGACCCACAGCUGCUGUGUGGUCCCCCUCCCACAGUCUGAAGAGUCUGAAGAAGAAGUUGCUGGACUCGGGAGCGGAGGAGGACAAGACGUCCAUGAUCAAGUCUACCGAGGGAGAGACGCCGCCCACAACUACAUCCUCACAGACCAGUCUGUCAGACAGCACAACCAGUACCAAAGAAAAGAAAAGCCAGGGCAAAGUGACUGUGAGGGAACACUUUGUGAUGACAGACAAGGACGGCACCGUCUUCCACUUCAUAGUAGAGGGGAGCCUCAUCUCUGACGUCACCAAGAUACCCCCAGAGAGCGGCCUGAGCACUGUGACAACGCUGGCGUGGAAGGGGGACUUCCUGGUGUUUGGAGACGUCGAUGGCACUCAGUGUCUGUGGGACCUCAAGGCCAAAAUAUCCAGAACCACACCAUCCAGCCGAGGUUGGAUCAAGAAGAUCCGGUUUUUCAGUGGGAAACCGGGGCAGAGUUAUCUCCCCUUGACCUGCAAUGGGUACUAAUUAAACAAAACUGUCUUGUUUCAGUCUGAAAUCAUGCAUUCGAUAAAGAGUCCCAAGGAGAUUGCUAAAGUUGUUGAUGCGGAGUGGGCGGGGUCAGACAGGCCGGUGGUGGUCACUGCCAGUGGGUGUGUCCACAUCUUUGACAUCACCAUGAAGAAAGCCAGCUCUAGUAUUGACCAGUGGGACCUAGCAGAGCCAGUGUUUAGUCCCCACUUGUUGCCGCCCAAGUCGUCGCAGCUGAUGAAGUGCCUGCUGCAGCACCAGCCCUGGACGGAGGAGUUCAGUCUCAGUCUGGAGGGAAUGAGGGAGGAUGACUUGGAGGUCCAGAGGAUAGUCAACUCACAGAUACAGCUCAUAGACAGUGACCUAUUGGCCUAUCUGCCCUACUGUCAGUUCGGGACAGCCCAGAGAUGCCUCCUCACUGCCAGAUUGUUUGGUGAUGAAUCUGAAAUCCACUUCUGGACUGUGGCCCUUCACUAUCUCCGGUCAACGAAGGCCCAACCAGCCAGCAAGUCCCCAAGCCGUGUGACCUCCCAGGCAGACAUGACCGACCUGUUUGUGCCACAGACCCCGGGGUACAAGGAGGCCAGUGACCUCGUGUUGCUGGAGAACCCUGAGGAGGUGGAGAGACAACGCAUCCUCACCAACCUCUACCGCGACCAGCCACUGGAGCGAUGUUAUGAUGCCAUGGUCGACAACAGGAACUUUAAGAAAUACCAGCUAGACCGUGUGUCCCUCCAUGACAGCAAGCGGUCGACGUAUGAGCACACCCAGAAGUGUGCCGAGAACUACAUGCUGCUGGGGCAGACAGACCGGGCGGUGCAGUUGCUGCUGGAGACAGGCGAGAAUGACAACUACUACGUCGACAGUCUCAGGGCAUGCCUCGUAGCCAGCAUCAGGUCUUCCGGAGCCUCACAGAGCACCAUCAAGCUUGUUGCCACAAAUCUCAUCGCCAAUGGAAAAUUGUCGGAAGGGGUACAGCUGCUGUGUCUGAUAGACAAGGGGUUGGAUGCGUGUCGCUACCUCCAGACAUACGGCAACUGGGACAAGGCCGUCUGGCUGGCCAAGGCUACCCUAGACAACAGUGAAUGCAGUGAAGUAAUGAAGAGAUGGACUGAUCAUCUAUGUGGAACACAAGUCAACCUGAAGAGCAAGGCCCUGUUGGUGCUGCUGUCUCUCGGCCAGUUCUUCAAGGUGGUGGAGAUGCUGUAUGGGAUGAGAUGCUUUGACAGGGCCACCUGCUUCAUCGAGGCUUGUCUGGAGUUUGGGGUCAUCGAGAAGACACCCGAAACUGCUUCACUGAUGGAAGCAGUCUUCCUGGAACAUGCCAGAUUUCUGACUAACCUUGGAUUGAGGAAAGCUGCCGAGUACUACUGCCACCUAGCGGGCAACAAGGGCCAGCAACUCUUGAAGGAAGUUGAAAUACUAUUCACCUAACACAGUAUCAUUGUAAACUUGUGAAAUGUAAUAUAUUACAAACCACCAACGCAUUUGAAUAUUAGAAUGGGUGUUGUGUGAAAGUGUUUGCAGGUGUAAUGAAAGUUUAUGGGUGAGGCUCUUAUUUAAAAGUUGAACAUUAUAAGUGAUAUUUAUGAACACAAAUCAAAUUACUUAUGAAGGAAGGAAAACUGAGCAUUUCAACUCAAUACAGAAAAUGCUUAUUGUCAUAUCCUGAUUCUUCGGACAUUUUUUUAUUAACCUGAAAUGUUGAUAUGAACAUAUUGAACUCUUUCAGAGUCGGGCUGGUGGGGGUAGCCUAGUGGUUAAGGCGUUCGCUCGUCAUGCCGAAGACCCGGGUUCGAUUCCCCAUAUGGGCACAUUGUGGUGUCCCCCGCCAUGAUAUUGCUGGAAUAUUGCUAAAAGUGGCGUAAAACUAAACUAGAACUUUCAGAGUCAGUACUUCCAGGAUAUAUGACAUACACAAGUAUUAUGAUCUUUUUUCAUUUUUCUUUGUAGUGAAUGCUGCAAUGGUAAUUUUACUACAUAUAAUUCAUAUUAAUAAGUUUCCAAAUAUUUGUGAAAUAAGUUAUGUUUUUCCAUCAACAAUGACAAACCAUGUUUUCUUUUGUUUUGUUAGAGUUUUCUUGUCAACAUGAUGUUAGGGUAUGUUAUGAAAUAAUGUAUAUUUAGUCUCAUUACGUUUGUGAUACUCAGCGAGCCAGAUCUUCAUGGAGGAGGGAGCUCAGUAGGAAUUGUCUAGUCCUUUGGUUUACAGAGCAGAUGCAUUUGUUAUACACCAGACGUGUAAUUCUGUGUUACUGUGAGAUGAUGCUUCACACUACCCCGCAACUACUGACGAGUGCUGGAAAGGCGAACUCAGUCUGGUGGGGUUAGCCCAGUGGAUAAAGUGCUUGAUAUGAUAAAAUGUCCGAUUCUUCGCAUAGAUACAGGUCAAGCAAACGUCUGUCAUUCUCCAUCAUGGCUGGAAUAUUUCUAAAAGCAGCAUUUAUCCAGUGUAUGAAAUAGCCAAAAAUUCCAGCCAGACAUCUGGGCUAGUAACUUCAAAAACUUACCAGCCCAGAAGAGAU